CGCAGCUUCUACCACUUUCUAUGUUUGUACCUACCCAAGGCACAAGGCUAAGACCACUACACUAGAAAAUAUUAAAUAUUUCCAUGUAAGCUAGAAGGAAAUACCCACAUGUGCAGUAUAAACUGUACAUACUACACACUAAAUACUAAAUACUACAUACUAAAUUCUACAAACUAAAUGCUAAAUACUACCUACUAGUACAACAUUGAAGUCUACAGCCUACAAGCAAAGGAGCCAAGUUGAUCGAUCAACAUUGGAACUUGUGUCAGACGAAAUAUAACGAAACACAACGAAAUACAUUCCUAUACGAAAUAUAUAGGAACCCUAAGGUGCCCCAUACCACACAAGCUUAACGAUGGCCCAGAAGUGUGUUCACAAGGGUUGUGGAAAGGUUUAUACUGAUUCAGAAGAGGUCUGCAUUUACCAUCCGGGUCCUCCAAUCUUUCACGAGGGACAAAAAGGCUGGAAAUGCUGCAAGCCACGAGUCUUGACUUUUGACGAAUUCCUCGAGAUUCCUCCUUGCACUGAGGGCAAACACAGCUCUACAGACUUUCCUCCCGAGAUCGAGAAGAAAGCAGCGGAAAAUACCGAUUCAGCUUCAGCUACCCUUGCUGCCACCCUCGAAAAGGCAGCAGCAACCGCACCCACCCGUGCCCCUAUUGCACCCCAGCCAGCUCCUACCGCUACCCCACCACCACCAGAAUCUGAAGACGAUGAACCGUCUCUAGAGAUCCCACAUGGCAAGGUUUGCCGCCGGAAAGGCUGCAAUGCCGCUUAUGAGAAGAACCAGGCUAGAUCUGACGAAGAGAAAUGCGUCCACCACCCGGGCGCUCCAAUCUUCCACGAGGGAAGCAAGGGAUACACCUGUUGCAAGAGACGGGUAUUGGAGUUCGACCAAUUCAUGAAGAUUGAAGGAUGCAAAACUUCGCCUAGACAUCUAUUCAUUGGAUCCGGGCAGCAAAAGGGCAAGGCCGCGACAGCAAAUGCUUCGGCAGCCGGGAAUGGAGAGGAAGUGCUCGAAACGGUGCGACAUGACUUCUACCAGACACCAUCAACGGUGAUAGCGUCCUUCUUCCUCAAGAAGAUUGACAAGGACAAGUCGGCAGUCAAGUUUGAGUCUCAAGGAAUUGCGCUCGACCUACUCACAAGCGAUGCGCAGCCUAAGCGAUAUAGGACCACCAUCCCCCUGUUCGCAUCUAUCGACAUGGAAAAGUCGACCUAUAAGAUUCUUGGCACAAAACUCGAAGUGAGCUUGAGCAAAGCAGGGGGAACAAGCUGGCCAGUUUUGCGGAGCGAUGAGCGACUGACAGGCGAGAUAUUGCAGAUCGGACAAGCAGGUCGCGUAUAGCCAAGCACCUAGCCAAACAGCAAAACAAUCAAACAACCAAACUAACUAAAAGAGUUCAUCACCUUUCCAAAUCUCAUGUGCUUCAUUGAUAUGAGGAAUUGUGACACGUCGCCUCACCGGUUGGAUAUAUGUAUGAGGCUGUAACAGGUACCAAACCAACUUUAAUCCCUGCGCAGAUCUCUCUCCAACCCCCAUUUUCUCUCACCUUUAGUUCGGACGAAAUGUCACGGGACAAUGAUCAAAGCUGAAUCUCAGAUCUCUUGAGUCUUGUCCUACCAUGAACACUACUCAACAUCAAUUGUAGCAGCUGACGAAUGUUAUAAUCAACACGAAAAAGCUUAU